AUGGCCUGUUCAACAUAUAUCUCUACGAAUCAAACAACAAAUGCUAUUCGUGUAUUCCUGUUAUUAGUAGGUCCAUGUACAGAUUUAUUUAGGGACAUUCUUAGUAACCAUGUCUAUGAAACUCAAUUCCCGACAGUUCUCGCAAAUGAAAGGGGUACUCUGUAUUCUAAUUUGAACAAAGUGCAGAAAGAAGUGCUCUAUCCAAAGAAUGGACAGCUCCAGGUUUCGUAUGAGAACUUUGAUUUGUCUCUGUUAUAUACAUUGCUUCGAAACAUAGCAGGAAUUGUUCCUCAUCAAAACGGAUGGGGACACACACCUGAUCCAACCGACCGAUCGUUGGCUGCAAACAUCGACCGCAUCAGAGAGAUCAGGAAUACUUAUUUCGGACAUGCAUCCGAGCUUUCUCUUUCUGAUGAAACAUUUAACGACGUUUGGGAACAACUAACCACCAUUAUAGGUGACCUUGAGAAAUCAGUGCAUGUAGGAUUAACAAAGUACUCAGAAGCUGCUAAACAUCUCAAAACAGACAGAAUGGAUCCCGGACAGGAAAAAAGAUAUCUGGAUAUCAUCAGUACUCAAAACAAAAUGUUUCACGAAGAAGACUUUACGACUGUCGUCCUAGAAGAGAAAAGGUUUUUUGAUGAUUUGUAUCGGAAGAUAGAAGACCAUCAAGAAAGUCUAGGUGGAAAAUUAAGAGAUAGAAUCCUGACCAAAGAAUCACAGACAGAUACAACACGUGCUAUGUAUACCUUUAAUGACUCUUGUGCUGUUGAUGAUGUCUCACAGUCUCUAACGCUAGAAGCAAAUGAUUUGGACAUUGAAGUCAAAAAUUCAAAAGAACCUCAUCUAGGGGGAAUGUUGGACGGAGAUGAAAGAGAAGGGGGAAAAGAAGAAAAGACGCAGGAUAAAAAUGAUGCUCCUGAAGAUGCAAACCAUUACAAUGUGUUGACAGCACUUCUUUUUGCUGCUGAAAAUGGAAAUGAAGAAUUCCUAAAACUACUUCUAAAUGAAAAUGCUGAUGUAAAUUUAUUUGACAAAUUAGGAAAUUCUCCGCUUCAUUCUGCAGCAAAGUAUGGUAGAUUAAACAUCAUCAUAUAUCUUAUGAAGCACGGUGUAAAUCUAAAUUUGACUAACAAAGAUGGAAGAAAUAUUCUGCAUAUAGCAGCAAUUUACGGUCAGGAGAAUAUCGUUUCCUUUCUGUUAUCUCAAAAACUUUCCUCUGAUACGGAAGAUUAUCAAGGAUUGACAGCUAUUUGUUUAGCCACAUUUUAUGGCCAUACAAAUAUAGUAAAACUAUUGCUAAAUCAUAUUGACAGCGUGGACAAACAAUACAGAUCAGAGGAAACUUUACUAAUGAUGGCAACUUAUAAUGGGCAGUUUGAAGUGGUUGAGUUGCUUUUAAAAGCUGGAGCAAAACUUAAUUUGAAACAAUGCGAUGGAAUCUCUUCUCUUAUGAUUGCAGCAGGACUUGGAAAUGAACAAAUAACUAAGGAGUUAUUAAAAUACGGUGCCGAUGUAAACCAGCAAAACAAAAUGGGUGCCACUGCUUUCAUGGUAGCAUGUUAUAAUGGUCACAGAGAAAUUGUUGAACUACUUUUUAAUAACGGUGCAACAAUUAACGUAAGAAAUAAUGCUGGACAAUCCGCACUUUACCUAGCAGCAGCAUGUGGACACGUCACCGUAUCCAAGUUUCUUCUCGAUCACGGGGUCAACAUAGAUGACUGUGAUAUUCAAGGACGCAGUGCCUUAAUGAUUGCUUCUGUCAAAAACCAUGGUGAUGUUGUUCAACUAUUGCUAGACAACAACGCAGAUGUCAAUCUCAAAGACAGCGAUGCGGGUGCCACUGCACUUAUGUUUGCAAGUAAAUACGGUCGCAACGCAAUCGUUAAUCUACUAAUUGAGCACAAUGCAACGAUUAAAACUAAAAAUAAUGCUGGACAAUCUGCACUUUUCCUCGCAGCAGCAUGUGGACAUGUGACAAUAGCCAAGAUUCUUCGCGAUCACGGGGCCGACAUAGAUGACUGUGAUAUUCAUGGACGCAGUCCCUUAAUGAUUGCUUCUUCCGAAAACCACGCUGAUGUUGUUAAACUUCUGCUAGACCAUAAUGCAAGUGUCAAUUUUAAAAUCUGGGGAAAACGUGAAAACAUUCCAGAGGCCGACAAAUUAUCUCCAAAAAAGAAUGCAGAUGUAGAUGAAUCUAGAGAAGACUUAUCUCAAUACAAUGGUUGGACGGCUCUUCAUUUUGCUGCUAUGAAUGGAAAUGAGGAAAUUUUGGAACUGCUUCUAAAGCAUAAAGCUGAUUUUACGAUAGAGAAUCAUCAGGGAUUAACUCCUAUUGUUCUAGCUACAUAUAGUGGUCAUACAAACAUAGUAAAAUUAUUACUAAGUCAUGUUGACAGCGUUUACAAACAAUACAGAUCAGAUGCAUCUUUACUAAUGAUGGCAACUUCUAAGGGGCAGUUUGAAUUGGUAAAAUUGCUUUUAGAUGCUGGGGCAGAAGUGAAUAUGCAGCAGAACGAAGGAAUCUCUUCUCUUAUCAUUUCAGCAGGACUUGGUAACGAACAAAUAACUAAGGUGCUUUUGAAAUUCGGUGCCGAUGUAAACCAAAAAAACAAAAUGGGUGCCACUGCUCUUUUGGUAGCAUGUCAGAAUGGUCACGAAAAAAUUGUUAAAUUACUCUUUGAGCACAAAGCAACAAUUAACGUUAAAAAUAAUGCUGGACAAUCCGCACUUUACCUAGCAGCAGCAAGUGGACACGUGGCCGUAUCCAAGUUUCUUCUCGAACACGGGGUCAACAUAGAUGACAGUGAUAUUCAAGGACGCAGUGCCUUAAUGAUUGCUUCUGUCACAAACCACGGUGAUGUUGUUAAACUAUUGCUAGACAACAACGCAGAUGUCAAUCUCAAAGACAGCGAUGCGGGUGCCACUGCACUUAUGUUUGCAAGUAAAUAUGGUCACAAUGCAAUCGUUAAUCUACUAAUUGAGCACAACGCAACGAUUAAAACUAAAAAUAAUGCUGGACAAUCUGCACUUUUCCUCGCAGCAGCAUGUGGACAUGUGACAAUAGCCAAGCUUCUUCUCGAUCACGGGGCCGACAUAGAUGACUGUGAUAUUCAUGGACGCAGUCCCUUAAUAAUUGCUUCUUCCGAAAACCACGCUGAUGUUGUUAAACUUCUGCUAAACCACAAUGCAAGUGUCAAUUUUAAAAUCAGGGGAAAACGUGAAAACAUUCCAGAGGCCGACAAAUUAUCUCCAAAAAAGAAUGCAGAUGUAGAUGAAUCUAGAGAAGACUUAUCUCAAUACAAUGGUUGGACUGCUCUUCAUUUUGCUGCUGUGAAUGGAAAUGAGGAAAUUUUGGAACUGCUUGUAAAGCAUAAAGCUGAUGUUACGACAGAGAAUCAUCAGGGAUUAACUCCUAUUGUUCUGGCUACAUAUAGUGGUCAAACAAACAUAGUAAAAUUAUUACUAAGUCAUGUUGACAGCGUUAACAAACAAUACAGAUCAGAUGAAUCUUUACUAAUGAUGGCAACUUCUAAGGGGCAGUUUGAAUUGGUAAAAUUGCUUUUAGAUGCUGGGGCAGAAGUGAAUAUGCAGCAGAACGAAGGAAUCUCUUCGCUUAUCAUUUCAGCAGGACUUGGUAACGAACAAAUAACUAAGGUGCUUUUGAAAUUCGGUGCCGAUGUAAACCAAAAAAACAAAAUGGGUGCUACUGCUCUUUUGGUAGCAUGUAAGAAUGGUCACGAAAAAAUAGUUAAAUUACUCUUUGAUCACAAAGCAACAAUCAACUUUAAAAAUAAUGCUGGACAAUCCGCACUUUACCUAGCAGCAGCAAGUGGACACGUGGCCGUAUGCAAAUUUCUUCUCGAUCACGGGGCCGACAUAGAUGACUAUGAUAUUAAAGGGCAGAGUCCCUUAAUGAUUGCUUCUGACCAAAACCAUGCUAAUGUUGUUCAGCUAUUACUAGAAAACAAGGCAGAUGUCAAUCUCAAAGACACCAAUGCAGGUGCCACUGCACUUAUGUUAGCAAGUGAAUGUGGUCACAACGGAAUCGUUAAUCUACUAAUUGAGCACGGCGCAAUGAUUAACACUAAAAAUAAUGCUGGACAAUCAGCACUUUUCCUCGCAGCAGCAUAUGGACAUGUGACAGUAGUCAAGUUUCUUCUCGAUCACGGAGCCGACAAAUAUGACUUUGACAUUUAUGGAUUUAGUCCCUUAACGAUUGCUAUUGCCGAAAACCAUAUUGAUGUUGUUCAAUUAUUACUACACCACAAAGCAAAAUUCAAUAUUUAAGAGGUGUUGAAUAACUGCUCCUCACAUUGCCUUAUACCUAAACUUUCAUAAGAUUGUAAAAAUAUUGCUGAAAAAAGAAACCAGAUUUUAAAAUUUUUAUUAUGAGAAUGUUUUUCUGCAUUUCCCAAAGCUUUUAGACGUGGACACUUUGUUGUUACCAGAUCGUUUAGAAAGCAUGCAUUGGACGCUCAAUUACCUAUACAAAUGCUGAUAAGGCACUUGACUCUGCUGCUGUUUACGGCAAUGAACAUAUCAUUUUACAACUCUUCCAAAAAACGAAUGAAACGUGAACGCUUGAAACGAAAACAAAGAAAGUGCAUUGUUUCAUUAAGGCGUUAAAUUAGAGUUUAAAAAUUUUAAUUAAACAUGUAUAUAAGAUUGAAUGCAGUUGUUUAAUCUGCCCAUUUGAAUGUACAUACCUGUACUGAUUGUUACAUUAAUAAGCUGAGUAACAAUAUAAUACUGAACGUGUUAAAACAUGUUGCUAUCUUUAAACAUUUUGUUGCAUAUAUUUUUUUUAACUUUUGUACCAUAUGACAUAUUUAGAUUCAUGGUCAUUCUAAUAAGC